AUGGGAAGGGAUCUCAACAAGGUCAUCGUCGACGUGACCGUCUUCGCAGCCUCACAGAUCGCUCUAUUCUAUGCGGUCCGUUACGUGCUCUCCAAUCUCGACCCGCAAAAGACCGACCGCAAGAAGCAAGCCAAGAAGAGUCAAGAGCUCUUGAACACCUUGAAGAUCGGGGACAUCGACCUGUCAGAGCUGGAGCUGGACGAGUACGAGCAGGCGAUCGCCGGGGAGAUCGUACCUCCUUCGAGCAUCAGUACGACGUUUGAGAGUAUAGGAGGGUUGGACGAUGUGAUCAAUCAGUUGAGAGAGACGGUCAUCUACCCACUCAAUUACCCGGAACUGUUCAAGAGUCAAGGAGGAUUGUUGGCCGCACCGAAGGGAGUGCUCUUGUAUGGACAUCCUGGAUGCGGGAAGACGAUGAUCGCUAAAGCAUUAGCAAAAGAAAGCGGCGCAACGUUCAUCAACCUGCCUCUUUCAAGCCUCAUGAACAAAUGGCUAGGAGAAUCGAAUAAACUGGUCGCCGGUCUCUUUUCCCUAGCAACAAAGUUACAACCCAGCAUCAUCUUCAUCGACGAGAUCGACUCGUUGUUCCGUUCGAGGGCCACGGGGGAUCACGAGGUGACGGGGAUGAUCAAGGCCGAGUUCAUGACCAUGUGGGAUGGGCUGAUGUCGGGGGAUGAUGCGAGGGUUCUGGUUCUUGGGGCUACAAAUCGACCGAACGAUAUCGACCCGGCAAUCCUCCGAAGGAUGCCUAAACGUUUCGCCAUCCGACUCCCUAACCACGCCCAACGACUGAAAAUCCUCCGCCUCAUGCUCGCACAUGCGACCCUCUCACCAGGGUUCGACUUUGAAGAGCUCGCACGUCGGACGGACGGCCUGUCAGGGUCGGACUUGAAGGAGACUUGCAGGAACGCUGCAAUGAUCCCCGUAAGAGAGUUGAUGAGAGAAAAGGGUGGGAAGGGGAUCAAGGGUAUGGAGGAGGCCAAGCGGGAGGGCUUCCAACUUCGACCACUGAAGAUGUCCGACUUUAUCGCGGUAGACUCGCAUGCGUACAGCCACGUCGAUCCUUCAGGUAGCGGACGGAGAUAUCAGGUACCAGGGAACGUUGACCCAAUGCACGAGCCAUUAGAUUAG